ACCUUAAGCCACAGCUAAACCAGCUUUACCUCCACUUUCCCUCCAUUUUGACCCAUACCCGGCAGACACGUGCACAUGGCAGCAUCAGCCUCACAGCGAGAAGACCGACCCGCCAAAAUUAUGGCGUUGGCUUUACUCUUCGCUGCCGCAGUCAUGAAUGCAGGAGUCAGAGCACAAGAUGAGAACAUUGUUACAGAUGCAUUGCCAACCGUGCAUGCAGAAGGCUACAUACGUGGAGACAUGAUUCCUGUUGUGACUCCGUCUGAGAGCGGCAAUGAAAAAGUCACCGUUUUGUUUGACUUGAACACACCCGCUGAGCAAAUUACACCAGCUACAGAACAGAUGAGUGACGAAGAGGAAACAACUAGACCCGAAGGUGAAGCAGCUGACGAUGGCCAGGUCACCAUAGACGUGUAUCCUGAUCAACCCCAAAUCGAGGAGCAACAGACCGCCGCACCUGCACCUGGGAGAGGAGACGGUCCGGACAACAUUCCCAGGGGCGAUGUCGUGUGCGUUGGCAAAGACGCUGUCCAUGAUAAAAACGCAGUCAAUCUGAAACUCGCCCACUUUUCCAACUGUGACCACACCAAAGUAAGGAUCCAGAGCGUCCUCGAGGAGUUGUGUGGUGAAGACUGCAAGCUAGAGAUCUACCAGGAAGACAACACAGACCAGAUCCUUGUAUCUGGACAGUAUGUUGAAGAUGAUAUUAAAGGCAUGGUCAACAAGUUUAACAACGACAACAUUAAAGAUAAGACCGGUGUGAAGGAGGCGGUUCCUCACUGGAGGAAGAACUCGAAACUGGUGCUGAUUUCCCUGCUGCUGACUGGCUUGCUGCUGGCUGCUCUUCUUGUGGCUGGUUAUUACUUUAAGACCCACCACAAGAAUUCCAAAGGAGUCCGGCUGGCCGAGUCCUACCAAGUGGAUGAGGAGAACCAGGCCAACACCCUGGUAUCUGUUGCCCCCUUGCCUCAGGAGCCACUUGACAAGGUCACCGCCAAUGGAGAAUCUCCACCAGAAAAUGGAACCAACGCUUCCCCGACCACUAAUGGACACUCUUCUGCCACCCAGACCUCAGUGGCCGACACAGAGAUGUGAAUCUUGACACCUCCUCUGCCCCCCUCCCCAAACCUUAAACCAUCAACCACUGGUUAUUACUACCCACAAUUCCAGCUGCCUUGAAAGGUCUCCACACUUUGGAGAGACACAUUGAGAAAAAUCAACUGUCUUCCUUACCUGAAACAACCCCCCCACACAUCUCCAUUUCUCCUAACUCCACCACCCAGGAUGAAUCCAUCAGUGACCUUCAUAAUAACUAUAAUGACAAUGCCUGUAAUGUGAAAAAAUUUGGGAGGAGCCUGCGUACAAUGUAUUUGGGACUAAAACUGCUCAGCAAGGUGCUGACUGGGAUUUGUCAGCACCCCCUACCAUUAGUCUUGAAGGAAUAGAAAUUGGAAUUCAGUAAUUUGCUGUUGAUUCUUAACAUGAUUUUUGGGUGUUAUAUCCUUGUAAAAAAAAAACUUUUUGUUUAUUAUUGUCUUUUGUUUUUUUCCACCCCCAAUGUGCCCAAAAACUACAAACUGUUAAGUGUACAAUUUCCAUUGUAGCUGGGAAUAUAUGGGAUGCAAUGAUCCAACCGAAGCUUGAACUAAAUCUGAUCAAUUUAGCAAGGGGUAUCAGCCCAAACAUUCAUUAUAGAAACCAUAGCUUUGUUCCAAUGCUAUCACCCUGAAGUAUUUGAGAUUUAAUGAAGAAUGUGUUAAGAUUAAGCUGUCAUACAUUAAGCUGUUCUUUGCAAAAGAUACACAUCACUUUGUGUUGCAAACUUCAGCCAAAUCUUUGUCAGAAAAAUGUUUGAUCUUUUUGUGUUUGCAUGUUGACUUUUCAUAUGACAUGAGUGUACAGUUUUGUUUUUGUUUUUUUUUAACCGACACUGAUUGCCCUUUUUCCACUGGCAGUGCAUCAACAUUUUUUUAUUGGUAAUAAAAGUAGAAAAGCACAAAAAAAGACACAGUUGGAGGUCAACAAAGUCAGUGUUUUACUUACCAGGUCUCCAUCAUGUCCACCACCAGGUAGUACAGUCUGCCAAACGUCUUGUAAAAUAGGUGCAAUAUGUUCGCCAUACAUAUGAAGUAUAUUGACACGUCUUCCUGUGCAAAUAUUAAAUGCUUGGUUAGCUUCGACGUUUACUCAGCAACGAUUACUGUACAAAUGAUACAAUUCAUUCAUGGAUUUUCUAUACCGCUUACCCUCGUGGUGAUUAAUUCAG